AUGAAGCAUGAAACUGAGCACCUUCGAUCGUAUGUUUCCCGUUACAGUGAUUUUCAAGAAACGCACAAACAAUGGGUAAAUAGUGACAUCGUUGAACAAUUUGAAGCAACAUGGGAGGUUAUGCGUAGUAAGUAUGAACUGAAAAGCAACUAUUGGAUUAGUAACAUAUAUAACCAACGUCUACAUUGGGCUAAACCCUUCUUGAAUGAUACUUUCUUUGCUGGUGUGACAACAACCAGACAAAGUGAGAGUAUCAAUUCAUUUUUUGAUGGAUUUGUUAAUUCGAGGACCAUGUUGAAUGAGUUUGUUGUACAAUAUGACAAAGCAGUUGAGUCUCGAAGGGCCGCCGAAGAAGAUGAAGACUUCAAGACUAUGAACUCGAGGCCAAUUCUUUCUUCAGUGCAUCCAAUCGAAGCAAAAGCAGGUCAAUGUUAUACUAGAAAGAUGUUUGAUACUUUCAAAAAAGAAUGGACCGAAGCUAUUACCAAUUUGACUCAUGAGACUAUAGGAAAAACUACAGAAGAAAGCACAUACCGAGUUGGGCAGUUGGAUGUUGAUAAAAAAAAUAUCGGUGCAUUGUUACCUUUCGUUCUUUCUUUGGAUCAAGUCAGCGUCACAUGUUCAUGUGUUAAGUAUGAGACAAAUGGGAUUUUAUGUAAACAUAGCCUAUAUGUGAUGAAGAAGAAUCAUGUUAAAGAACUCCCGAGUCACUAUAUGUUACCACGAUGGACCCUUAAUGCUAGGUACAAACUGUUUAGUGCUAGUAUUGGACUUGGAGAAAUGAAUAAUGAAAAUGGAGUUAGUGCCUAUACACUAUGGUGUGUCCGUUCAAAUUUUACUAAACUAAUUGACCAAGCUAGAGACUCCCCUUCAGAGAUACAAAAAGCCAAUACGCUAUUGAUAAGUCGUUUAGAUGAUCAAACAAAUCGAAAGAAAUUUAUGUAUUUGGAGAAUGUAUCUCAAGGUUCUUGUAUGGGAGUUUCACAAAUAGAUAUGAUGUCACAGUUAUCUGUCUGUGAGCCUCUUGGUCCAACUACUACCAAAGGGCGUCCUAAACUUGCAAGUAGAAUCAAGUCUUCUUUAGAAGCCCCCAAAAAACAAACAUGCUCUUACUGUCAAGGAUUCGGUCAUUAUGCUACUAGUUGUUCAAAAAUAAAGGCGGAUAAAACGUUGCAAGAAACAUAA